CAGACAGUAUCGUCCGCCCAUUCUUAGCGUCAGACACGCGUUGUUUUAAAACUUGACUUUGGAUAGUUGACCACCGCCUCCAAGAUGGAGGCUUUGGGGGGCUACCCUACGAAGACUACGGCCCAAAAAUCACGAAUGUUCACCGUUCUUUUUAGUCUGAUGGUCAGCGUGGGGUGUCUAUUUCUGCUACAGACCAAACUUGCCAAGUCAAGAAAACCAAAAGAUUUAUAUUCUUUCGAAGUGAAGGACGCGAAAGGGAGGACGGUUUCCUUGGAGAGAUACCGAGGAAAAGUUUCCCUGGUUGUAAACGUGGCAAGUCAUAGCGAACACACUGAGCUGAACUAUCGCGCACUGCAAGACCUCCACAAGGAGUUGGGAACAUCGCAUUUCAAUGUGCUCGCUUUCCCCUGUGGACAAUACGGGGAGACAGAACCAGGGAACAGCUACGACAUUGAAAGCUUUGCCAAGACCACCUACGGCGUAACGUUCCCCUUUUUUAGUAAGAUCAAAAUAUUGGGUUCCGACCCCAACCCUGCGUUUAAAUUUAUCACAGAUUCUGUCCAAAAAGUACCUCGGUGGAACUUCUGGAAAUUUCUCGUGAAUCCAGAGGGGAAGGUGGUGCGGUUCUGGAGACCUGAAGAAAACAUCCUGAGCGUGCGUGAAGAGGCAGUAUCUCUAGUGCGAGACAUUAUCCUGAAGAAAAGAGUGGAGCUUUAGCACGUGCUUGGUAUAUAAGAACUGUUUAGAUUCUUGGGUAGCUUCGAGUGUGCAAGUUGAAGAAUGAGAAGGACCUCUAUGAACACAAUUAAUUGUUUCCGGUGACUCAUGGUAAGGAAUCAUUAUGAUGAUAGUGUUGUCAGAUUAAAUGUGGCUAAGUAUGCUUAAAUGUUACUCUGGCAAUUAGUCCAUCAUCAGUAACCACUGGCCAAUCUGUGAAGUUUAAGAUGUGUCUGAAAGUAUUGUGUCAAAACUGAUGCAUGCCUGUUGUUUCCUGCUGCGUCAAACUGCACACAAGUAUUUGUCUUACCUUGUGGCCUGAGAACCAUUGUUUUCACUUGUCAUUUAUAUGAUAUAUGAUCUGAACAGUAACAACAUUAGACAAUAUUAGAUAAACAUGUGGUAGUUAAAUAGUCACAGCAGACACUGUUUUUUUACUGUCAACAAAGGCCUUUAUUUUAUACAUACACCUCCAGCAAUAUUUCUACAGAUUCACCUGUUCCAAAAUCAGCUGACUUGAGUAAAGUUUUAUAUUGAUGUCAGAGAUGUCUUCCUCCAAGACCUGUGAAAGUUUUUAUUAAGGACAUGCUUACAAAGAGUAGACCUGCUUCUUAUAAUCUGUUCAGAUGUUAAAAGCCAUGUGUACUUAUUAAUGAUUGUGUAUCAGGCUUAUGUUGCACCUGUACCGGUAUAGAGGAUUUUUGUUUUGUCCCAACUCUUGAGUUUAAAGCUGUUUAGCUGGUAAAACCCUUUUUUAUUGAAAAAAAAACCUUUGGAUACAAACGUGUAGUCUUUUUCCUCUGAGCCUCUCUGACACUUCAACUUACCUGAACACUUAAAAACACCGCUAUAAAGAGAUUAAUAAACAAAGAUACAUUUAACAUAAUCUAAGUCAUCCGCUAAAUACGAGUAAUAAAAAAACUGUUUAAAUAAUAAAUGUACUUGGUAACUGAGUGGUUCAGCAGCUUGUGUACCCUGGUUAGAAGACCUCUGGAUGGGUAUGGAUGUCAUCCCUUGCCUUGGUAUGGAAGCAUGCAUAGUGGCUGAAUGGAGAACAGCCAGCUAACACAGCACUGCCAAACUGAGACACAGAUCUCUUCUGACGCUUCUCUGGCUUUAAACAACAACAUUUUAGUUUAGCUGACUCGAAACUGUUGUCAUUUUAAGCAUUUUAAGUUUCCUGGGCACAGACAGUAGAUGAGAUGAAAUGGCUGGUAUAAACACAGACUGGUCCUUGACUCUGACCGCUAAACUAUAGGCUACUCCUCAUUCGCUA